AGGCCGAAACGGAAGAUCACCCCAGCUGCCCCCUGAGGUUAGAGGAGGAAAAUGGCCUGAGCGAAGGCAAGCUGGAAUUCCUGUCCUUUUCUCCGGAGAUGGCGGCCGAGCAGUUCACCCUGAUGGAUGCUGAACUCUUCAAGAAAGUGGUGCCUUAUCACUGUCUCGGGUGCAUCUGGUCUCAGCGGGACAAGAAGGGGAAGGAACACUUGGCGCCCAGCAUCCGGGCCACUGUCUCCCAGUUCAACAGCGUCACCAAUUGCGUCAUUGCCACCUGCCUCGGGGACAGGAUGCUGAAGCCCCAGCAGAGAGCCAAAGUGGUGGAGCGAUGGGUCGAAGUUGCCCGGGAGUGCCGCAUCCUCAAGAAUUUCUCCUCCCUCCGCGCCAUCCUUUCUGCCCUCCAGUGCAACGCAGUUCACAGGCUGAAAAAGACCUGGGACGAGGUGUCGCGGUGA